GUUCCUGUAUCAAUCUAUCUAUGGAAACUCGAAAAAGAGGAAUCAUUUGAAAUAGGUUUUGAGACUUUUAGGCGUUUGGAUUGCGGAAAAUUGAAUUCACCGGCGAUUCUUAGCGCAGUUUUGGGAUUAUUUUUCUGAAAUUUCAGAUGUUUUGAAUCUGCUACCGAGUUUUCGAGUUGGAGAAGAGCUGAGAGCUCAGAUUCUUCUACCUCUUACUGGAAUUGCUUGAAGAUAGCGAUUUCAGCGAUUUGAGGGUUUUGGGGAUUGAAAAUGCUGAAAUUCACGAGCUUACGAGAGUUUGAUAGAGAUUUCAAGAACAGAAAAGGGUAAAAGAAGCCAAAUGGGAAGAAAGAAUUGAAAAUUAGGGUUUUAAAGAUCCGGAAUCAGUUCCAGAUCUGUUUCCUUGGGUUUCUCGGCGUUUAAAGAGGACAAGGGAAAGAAAAGAAGAGAAGGAAGGAGAUUCCGCAAUUGAGAGUAGUGAAUAAAAGCACGAUCUUUCCCCCCUUCUCUUUCCCUCUUUUUCGUUAAGAAUCUGAUGUUAGAAUAUUGAGUUUUUGGAGUGUUUGGCGGCACCUGUUCUUCCAUAUUCCAUAACGGGAAAUCUGGUCCACAACCUCGAGGAAAGUCGCCCUUUCGCCUCGCCCUAAUAGAAGCACGGAACAUGAGGACGUGCUUCGGCCACGUACUUGUAUGGAGAAUAAAAGCAACGAGCAUUAGAAGGGCGAAGAUAACGAAGUAGAGGCCAAGGUCUUGAAAAGAAAUAAUAAAAUAUUGCAAAAGCCACCAGUAGAAGUGAUAAAAAAAGACAAGGAAGUGAAAAUUGAAAUUGAAAUUCCUAUUUUCUUAUCAACGGCUGGCAGGUUUUUUGCGCGUUUGGGAAAAGGAAAAGAAAAAACGAAAAGAAAAGGUGGAGAAAUGAGAUCGUAUUUUGUGAGGUGGAGGUGUUUUUGAGAGAAAAAAGAAAAGCCAAAUGCAACUAAAGUUCGAAUGGUUGGCUCGUCUUCUCCAGGUUGGAGCAGCAGAUCAUCUCCUCUCCUGUUGCUCUUUACGAAAAAGGGAUUUCCGCAAGUGGGUUUUGGUGGGUUAGGAUGUUUGUGUUGUUUCUGCUGAGAAAGAGCAAGGUUAAGCUCUUUUCUUCCUGAGCUGUACCGGAUACAGGACGGGAUUGUGUUUCAAUGGGGAGGAUGUGGUCCGUUCUAUUAGACCAGAGCUUCUUUUGGUUGUGAUUCUGAAGUGGGUUUUCGAUGGUGUUGAUGAUGGAAAGGAAUGACUGCUGUAGGUGGGUAUCACUAUAGAUGGGUAGGAAUGGAGGGUUCGGAUGAGUCGGGUUGGGAGAAGUCCAGUAGUUCUAGAGGUUUGAAUGCUUGCAUCGCCUUGAGCAGUAGCCGCAGGCUGCUUCACAGCAACCAGCCAUCGAAUAACACUGCACAUGCAGCAGCGGCUUCGUCCAAGGAGAGAGGUCAGGCGGUUCCAUCUAGCACUGAUAAUUUCGACAACCAGAUAGGUUCUUCCGGAGUGUGUGGCAAUGAGAUCAUGGACCUCAACACUCUUGUUAUGGAGCCGUGUGACGUUAGCUUGAGGCAGUGGUUGGACAAGUCGGAGCGAUCAGUUGAUCUUUUGGAGUGCUUGCACAUAUUUAGACAGAUUGUGGAAACCGUGAACCUUGCACAUUCGCAAGGGAUCGUUGUUCAUAAUGUGCGCCCUUCCUGCUUCAUCAUGUCUUCUUUCAACCGCAUCUCCUUUAUAGAGUCUGCUUCGUGUUCAAGUUCAGGUUCGGAUUCAUUUGAGGAUGACAUGACCAGCAAGAUUGUGGGAGAUCAGAGCUCCUCCUCGCCAUCUGCGCAUGGUCCAACACAGCAGAGAAACAGGCUAGAAAGGGAAGGUUCCUCUCAAGAGAUAGCUCCAACAGCUGCUUCCCAAAGGGCAUCUGAAGCCAGUUGCUUGCGGUCUGGUUCGGCUUAUGCAACACGUCUCUCGUCAAUUGAAGAGGUGGAAGAAAGAAAAGUAGAGGAACAAGGCAAUGCUGAAGAAGUUGAAAAACGGAAUAAAACAUUCCCAUUAAAGCAGAUAUUGGUUAUGGAGAUCAAUUGGUAUACCAGUCCAGAAGAGGCUGCUGGUGCUUCAAGUUCUUUUUCUUCAGAUAUUUAUCGCUUGGGAGUUCUUCUUUUCGAGUUAUUCUGCACGUUUAGCUCGACAGAAGAAAAGCUGAGAACCAUGUCCAACUUGCGGCACCGUGUGCUACCCCCUCAGUUACUGCUGAAAUGGCCAAAGGAAGCUUCAUUUUGCCUGUGGUUAUUGCACCCUCAGCCCAACACUAGACCGAAAAUGAGUGAGUUAUUACAAAGUGAGUUUCUCAAUGAACCAAGGGAUAAUUUAGAAGAGCGUGAAGCAGCUAUAAAGCUAAGAGAGGAAAUAGAAGAGCAGGAGUUGCUGCUGGAAUUCCUUCUACAGAUGCAACAGAAGAAACAAGAAAUUGCUGAUAGGUUGCAUGAUACCAUAUCUUGCCUGUCAUCUGACAUUGAAGAAGUUCUGAAGCAGCAAUCGAUGCUUAAGAAAAAGGGAAGUUCUUAUACAGAAGCAAAGAAGGAUGAGCAUACUUUACUGGACAAAGUAGUUCAACCAUCAGUUUAUCCUGUGCGAAGUGAGGACUCAACUGCCUUGGGUUCCCGAAAGCGUUUUAGACCUGGUCUUCAGAUUCACAGUGAGGAAUUUAACGAGCAUUCGGCUGAGGUUCAGAGGUCAGACUCUCGGUCGGAGAACCAAGAAAGUAUGCUGUCCAAAAGUCAUCGGUUGAUGAAGAACUUCAAGAAGCUGGAGUCAGCUUAUUUUUCAACAAGAUGCAGGUCGUUCAAGCCAGCAGGGAAAUUGCAACAUAGAAAUUUGGCAGCUGGUAGUAUUGGUAGAGGGUCAAUUGUGCGAACUGAAGGUAGUUCAGUUGAUAAUUUGGCUUCUAAGGAAGGCCAAAGUGAAGGAAGAAGAAGUGGGUGGAUAAAUCCAUUCCUUGAGGGUUUGUGCAAGUAUCUAUCUUUUAGCAAGUUGAAAGUUCGGGCAGACCUGAAGCAAGGGGAUCUGCUAAAUUCUUCUAACUUAGUAUGCUCAUUGAGUUUCGAUCGAGACAGAGAGUUUUUUGCUACUGCUGGUGUAAAUCGUAAAAUUAAAAUUUUUGAAUGCGAUACGAUUUUAAAUGAAGAUCGUGACAUUCAUUAUCCUGUAACUGAGAUGGCAAGUAAAUCAAAACUUAGCAGUGUCUGUUGGAAUAGUUAUAUCAAAAGUCAGAUUGCUUCAAGUGACUUUGAAGGCGUUGUGCAGGUCUGGGAUGUUACAAGAGGACAAGUUUUUGUGGAACUGAGGGAGCAUGAGAGGCGUGUGUGGUCUGUUGACUUCUCGCUUGCAGACCCGACAAAAUUAGCCAGUGGAAGUGAUGAUUGUGCUGUCAAGCUAUGGAAUAUCAAUCAGGGAGGAAGCAUUGCGACUAUCAGAACAAAGGCAAAUGUGUGCUGUGUCCAGUUUCCUCCUGAUUCUGCACGCUCACUUGCAAUAGGCUCGGCAGAUCAUAAGAUCUAUUGCUAUGAUCUCCGUACCACGAAAAUACCAUGGUGCACACUAGUUGGCCACACGAAGACUGUCAGCUAUGUCAAGUUUGUAGACUCGACGACUCUUGUAUCGGCAUCCACAGACAACUCAUUGAAGCUAUGGGACUUGACAAUGAAUACAUCGUCGUCGAGGAUAAUUGACACUCCUAUCCAGACAUUCACUGGUCACACAAAUGUGAAGAAUUUUGUGGGUCUAUCAAUAUCCGAUGGGUACAUAGCCACGGGAUCGGAAACAAAUGAGGUUUUUGUCUACCACAAAGCUUUCCCCAUGCCAGUUCUGUCAUUCAAAUUCAACAACACAGACCCACUAUCCGGCCAGGAAGUCAAUGAUGCGUCCCAGUUCAUCUCCUGUGUCUGCUGGCGUGGCCAAUCCACCACCUUGGUCUCCGCCAAUUCCACCGGAAACAUUAAGCUCCUUGAGAUGGUUUGAUUUCAUCCACUCCCCUUUGGAAUUUUUCAUUGCCAUGGAGGCUAUUUGCUGAAGAAAUUUUUGAGCCAGCAGUCAAGCCCCAGGGAGGAAGCGAACAUCUGUAAGCAAAGCUGAGAGGAUGCUGGCUGGGCAGAGCUACCACCAGAGCAUUGGAAAUUUUUUGAGGAUGCAUUUCAAGGGAGAUGGACAUGGCCAGGGUGAGGUGCUGUUUUUGAUCAAAUGUACUGUAAAAAUGGAAAAUGAUAGUUGGUGAUGUAUAUCAUUGUUAGUAAUACAUGUAGUCCUUAUAUAUGAUUGGAUAUUCCUAAUUUAUUUUGGCUUCUUGGUUUUUUUCCCCUUGUUAAGAAUAGUAGGGGUGCAAAAUGUGCACGUAGAAAACCUCCAUGCAAAGCUAAAACGUAGAAAAUUGUGGAAAAGAAUCCAGUCUACUGUUUGUUUUGCAAAUAUUGUUAUUAUUAUUAUGGAAAUUGAUAUCCUUUUCCUUUCAA